AUGUCCGUCGCUGCAGCAGAACGCGGGACGACUGCCACGACCAGCGCGACUUCCUCGCCGGCGUUCGACCCCAAGGAGGUGACUGUCAUCUUCGUGCUGGGUGGACCGGGUGCAGGCAAGGGCACGCAGUGCGCCCGCCUCGUACAGCACCAUGGCUUCGUUCACCUGUCCGCCGGCGACCUCCUCCGCGCAGAACAGCAGCGCGAAGGCUCGCAGUUCGGCGCCAUGAUCAAGGAGUACAUCACGGAGGGCAAGAUCGUUCCUAUGGAGGUCACGAUCAAGCUCCUCGAGAACGCCAUGCGCGCGGCCAUGAGCUCCGAGGCGGGCGAGGCGAAGGAGGCGGAUGCGAACGGCGGCGUCAAGGGUAUCCCGGCGCGGAGGUUCUUGAUUGAUGGCUUCCCGCGGCAGAUGGACCAGGCUGUCAAGUUUGACGAGACGGUCUGCCCCUCCUCCCUCGUCCUCUUCCUCGUCUGCCCCGAACCGAUCCUCCUCGAGCGACUGCUCGAGCGCGGCAAGACUUCUGGACGAGAUGACGACAACGCAGAGAGCAUCAAGAAGCGCUUCCAGACUUUCGUCAACACCUCUAUGCCGGUCGUGGACUACUACCGCAAGCAGGCCAAGGUCGUCGACAUCGACUCGUCCAAGAGCAUCGAGGAGGUCUACGCCGACAUCGAGAAGGGUAUCGCGCCUGUUCUUCGCGCAUGA